UUGACCGCUGAAUUGUUCUUCUAGGAUACAUUGAUUCGAAAGACUAUAAAAAGGGUAUAAUAUCCUUGGGUAGAAAGGAUAUCCAACACUCAACUCAUCCUUUUCAUCCGAUCUUCCAACUCACUCCAACACCAAUAUCCUGCCAUAAUGGUCCGCGUCAACAACAUCCUCUUUGCCCUGGCUCUGGCCACCGGUGCUCUGGCUACCUCCAACUGCCAGACCAAGUACAAUGCUUGCCGUACCGCCCCUGACGCCAACAUGGCGAGCUGUGCUGCUGAGCACGCUUCCUGCACUGGCUCUCUGCAGCGCCGCGAUGAUACUUGCCAAACCAAGUACAACUCUUGCCGUACCGCCCCUGACGCCAACAUGUCCAGCUGUGUCUCCGACCACGCCAGCUCGCCGACAACGCCGCCUGCAAGAACCAGGCAUAAGCGCCUCGUUGGCCUUGCCACCAGUCUUGCUGUCCAUGGGGGCUUCUUUAUGAUACCCGGAAAGCAAUCUUCUGACUGUGACUUGUUCACUGAGUGUAUAUAUAGCUGUGCCUAGUUAAUUGUUCCUUGUCACAUGGUUGUCGGUACUUAAUACGUCAUCAAAUAGCUUAUUGAAUCUGUUCCUCGUUGUUGUACCUAAAUGUCUCCAUGAAAUAAAAUCACCCAAAAAUUAGUAUGGUUCUUCAGCAUUCAGGACCCAAAUC